CGUUGACAGUGGUGGCCGGAUAGGAUAAAAAACAGAAAAACAAGAAAUUCAUGAUGAUAAGCCAAGGUGUGUCGAAGUCCAGCGCAACAGUAAGAGCGAUUUUGGUGCUUUUCGUAAUCGUUUGCCUCGUUAAUUGUGCAACAGAGCAGAGAAUUAACAGUAGAGGUAGCAAGGCAUCGAAUCUUAUUCAGAAAGUCAACGGGUGGCGCAGCCAACGCGGAGGUUCCUGCUUGAGCUAUGGACACUCUUGUUGGGGAGCCCAUGGGAAGCGCUCAGGCAAGGCCCCGGCUUCCGCUCCUGACUGGUACAUCACUAGAAUCCUGCGUCGCAUGGCAGCUAAUAGCGAACUGACUCGUGCCCAAAAUCUUGACGGUCCGAACGAAAACGACAUCUACCGGGUGGAAGAUGAUGUUCCCUCAUCCAACCAGUUUGUGAGCGAAUCUGAAGAGGUACCCAUUGUUGUUGCUACGAGAGGUGCUGAAGCUAAACCUAUGCUGGAUGACGACAUGCUGUCCAGAAUAAAGAUUUGGCAAAUCAUGAGAGCCGCAGCCGUGGAGAAAUGAACUAUCAAACUGGACUGACCCUUAAUUUAACCGAAACAUAACCACUUUCGUUUAAUACUCCACGAUAUAGUCAAUACAAGGCUGGGUUGUAAUUGACUUUGUAAUAUAUAGAAUAAGUACGUUUAAUAAAUAUUUACCGUUGAAACUUGGUUAUUUAAUGUUUACAUAAAUUUUUAAUCAUGUUUGUCAAGA